AUGGUGGACACGCAGCACUUCUGCCUGCGAUGGAACAACUACCAGAGCAGUAUCACGUCGGCCUUCGAGAACCUGCGCGAUGAUGAGGACUUUGUCGACGUGACGCUAGCCUGCGAUGGCCGCAGCCUAAAGGCCCACCGGGUCGUACUGUCCGCGUGCAGUACGUACUUCCGGGAGCUGCUAAAGAGCACACCCUGCAAGCAUCCCGUGAUAGUGCUGCAGGAUGUGGCGUUCACCGAUCUGCACGCCCUGGUCGAGUUCAUCUACCACGGUGAGGUGAACGUGCAUCAGCGGUCCCUCAGCUCCUUCCUGAAGACGGCCGAAAUAUUGAGAGUGUCCGGUUUGACGCAACAGCAAGCCGAAGAAACACACGGUAUGCACACAUCACUCGGGGCCAACCUGCCGACGGGUGUCAUCCACCAUCCGAUCUACCCGGAGAAGAUGCUGGACGAGUCGCUGUACGUGUCGCAGGGUGUUUCGCCUCCACCGCAUCUCAGCAGCCUGCAGAACAGCUCCUCCCCGCACAGCGUCAUUGGUGGUGGUGGUGGGGGUGGUGGAGGCGGUGGUGGCAGCAAUGGUGGCGGGGCACCGAUGGUCAAUCAGCUGCUGAAGCGGGCUGCGGCAGCGGCCGCACUUCGACGAGAGCGCAACAACUCGACACACUCGGACGAGAUGGCACUCAAGCGGCACCGGAUGUCGGUGGACAGCAACGGGCCGACGAACAACCGGGACCUGGACGUGAUCUGCAAUACGCCCCAAACGACCGCCACCGACUUCUCGUCGAGCGCCUCCAAGCAGAACAUCAACCUGCCGUCACCACAGGGAAAGGACCAGCUGCUGCGGCAACCGGACAGCUUAUCCGGACACGCGAACAGUGGCAGCAACAGUUUCUCCAUCAACAGCUCGAGUAACUUAAUAAAAAGUAGUAUUAAUAACAAUAACAAUAACAUCAACAACAACAACAACUUGAACAACAAUCUGCUGCACAGCAAGGAGAACAGCAGUGGUGGUGGCGGUGGCGUUGGUGGUGGUGGUGGUGUUGGCGGGAUCGGUGUCGUCGGUGGUCUCUGCGGAUCCGGAAGUAUGCCGACCUCACUGGGUACGUCGAAUGGCAGCAACGCCGGUAGCCUGUGCUCGGCCGAGAAGGAAAGCCUGGCAUCGUCUCCGUCGGAACGAUCGGCUGAGGACGUCAAAUCGGAACCGCUGGAGCUGCUGUGCGGCACCGGUGGUGAUCACGACAACAGCUCCGACUCGGUGACGGACGAACACGGGGACCUCGUCAAGAGUGGCCUGGAUAUGAAGGGAUCCCUGCGAUCACCGAACGAUCAUGAUCUGGAUGGUGCGAUGCAUCACCACGGUGGAGCACAGUUUCUCAUGAACGCCAGCGAAAACAAGCUUUUUCAGACGCCGCCUUCCUUUAACUUUUCCAUGGCAGCACUAGCAGCAGACCCCGCGGCGUUGGCAGGGUUUAACACACAGGCAUUGCAGGCGGUAGAGCUGGCCGGAUCGCCCCAGGGCAUGAGCAUUGCGGCCAGCAUGGCGUCCCAGCAGCGAUCCGCAUCGCCACCGGACGGAGGAGGUCCCACGGUGCACGGUGGCCACGGUGGGGGCCACGGCGUCAACCGGCUCUCGCUACCGCUGCCUCUGGCGGCGUGCCAUCGGUGCGACGUGUGCGGCAAGCUGCUGAGCACGAAGCUCACCCUCAAGCGGCACAAGGAGCAGCAGCACCUGCAGCCGCUCAACAACGCGGUCUGCAACCUGUGCCACAAGGUGUUCCGCACGCUGAACAGCUUGAACAAUCACAAGAGCAUCUACCAUCGCCGGCAGAAGAUCCUGCACCAUCACCAUCACGCGCAUCUGCACGGGCAGCAUCCGUUCGCGGCGGUUGCGGCCGCGGUUGGGGGUGGCGGUGGUGCGGCCAGUCCGCUGCAUCAUGGUUCCGCGGUUGCUGCUGCCGCCGUUGCGGCCGUCGCCGCUGCCGCUUCCGGUGGGGGUCAUCACGAGAUGCUGAACAACAAUGCCGGCGCUUCCGACUGUGAUAUCAAGCAUAGUGUCGCGACCAAGCUCGAAUAUCUGUAA